AUGAAUACUGAUAAUACACGUCGACGACGUCGAAUGUCUUCAACAACACCAAGUAAUAAAUUGUCAUCUAAUGUAAAAUGGAUUAAACCUCGUUAUUUAGCAAAUCAACGUGAACGUGAUCGCACACAUUCAGUUAAUUCAGCAUUUGUUGAAUUACGUCAUCUUAUUCCAACUGAACCAGCCGAUAGAAAAUUAUCAAAAAUUGAAACACUUCGUCUUGCUGUUAGUUAUAUAAAUCAUCUUCAUUGUGUACUUAGCUUACCUAAUAUAACACAAAACCAUUGUGCUUUUAUUAAUAUGAGAAAUAGUGAAAAUAAUCAUGAUGAUAAUAAUGAACAACACUUAUGUACAUUUUGUGUUAAUCAUUCAUCAGUAUCAAAUUAA